AUGUUUUUUUGUUUUCCUCGAUCUUUUUCGAUUGUGUGAUUCGAUUUGAUUCAACUGUGAAUAUUGUCAAUAAAUAGAAAUAAAUAAAUAAUAAAAUAUCAAGAUGCCAAUAUCAUUUACUGAAUCAUCAUUUUUAUUUGUCAUCAGUGGUGUAUUAUCAUCAUUGGUCAUAACGAAUGCCUAUUAUCAGAAACAACAAUUCUAUCCAUCUGUGGUUUAUAUAACUAAAUCGAAUGCAUCGAUGGGUAUAAUCUAUCUACAAGGAUUAAUACUUGUCAUGUUGAUUGGAAAAUUACUUGGUAAAAUAUUUUUCGGUCAAUUACGUACGGCCGAAAUUGAACAUCUAAUCGAACGUUCAUGGUAUGCGGUAACGGAAACCUGUCUAGCAUUUACCGUGUUUCGUGAUGAUCUUUCACCAAAAUUCGUUGCCUUGUUUACAUUAUUAUUAUUUCUUAAAUGUUUUCAUUGGUUGGCCGAAGAUCGUGUCGAUUAUAUGGAACGUAGUCCUAAUAUAUCCGUAUUUUUUCAUAUACGUGUUGUUUCAUUAUUAUCAAUACUCGGUAUAUUGAAUACAAUAUUUGUCUAUAUGGCCUAUCAUAGUACACUUUCGAAAGGUGCAUCCGUACAACUUGUUUUUGGUUUCGAGUAUGCAAUAUUAUUCGCAAUCAUAUUGAAUAUAUCAAUGAAAUAUAUUCUACAUUUUUUCGACCUUUACAAUGAAAAUCCAUGGGAAGAUAAGGCAAUCUAUCUAUUGUAUACGGAAUUAAUUAUGGGUUUUCUGAAGAUUACCCUUUAUGUUAUAUUCAUUUUUAUAAUGAUGAAAAUACAUACAUUUCCAUUAUUUUCAAUCAGGCCACUGUAUUUGGCAAUCAGAAACUUUAAAAAAGCAUUCAAUGAUGUUAUCAUGUCUCGUCGUGCUAUACGUAAUAUGAAUGCCUUUUAUCCGAAUGCAACUGCUCAAGAUAUUGAAAAUUCCGAUAAUGUUUGUAUUAUUUGUCGUGAAAAUAUGUUAGGCAAUGGUAGUUGUAAAAAACUUCCAUGCAAUCAUAUAUUUCAUAUUUCAUGUUUACGAUCAUGGUUUCAACGACAACAAACAUGUCCAACAUGUCGUAUGGAUGUUUUACGUGUUAAUCAAGAACAACAACAGGCAGCAGCCGCUGCCGGUGAUAUUGGAGUUGCGGCUGGUAUUUUUCAGAAUAAUAAUAAUAAUAAUAAUCCGAAUCAGCCACCAGGUAAUUCACAAACGCCAUUAACAAAUAAUAACAAUCAACAACAACAACGGCAACAAACUCAACCACCACCACCACAACAACAAGCAAAUGGACAAAUUCCAUUUCCACCAUUACCACCAUUUACACAUCCGUUGUUAUUUCAACAAUUUCAACAAUUUUUUGGCCAGCAACAACGGCGUGAACAACAACAAUCAAAUAAUGGUAAUCAACAACAACAAACGACGACAGGAACAACACAACAACAAUCAGCUAAUAAUUCGACAACAGGAGUAGGAGGUCCAUCAACAACAACAAUGUUUGAUAAUAUGAAUAAUGAAAGUACAAAUAUUGCUGGAUCAUCAUCGAUACCGGCAACUGUAUUUCCAUUUUUACAAUCACCACCAUUUUCAAUGCCACAGAUUCCGAUUGAAACAUUAUUACAAGGAUUUUCUGAUGAUGAAUUACGAUAUUUAGAAGGACAAACACGACAACAAUUAGAAGCAAGAAUUAAAUGUUUAAUGGAUGUUAAAACGUUAAUUACUGCCGCAAUGAUACGAUUACAGCAAUAUAAUUGUGUUAUAUUGAAUUGUCCAAUACAAAAUUCGAUUGGUACACAGACUACUUCCACUGAUGCUGUUGCUGAACAACAAAAAGAGCGGCCCAAUCUAGAAUCCUCAUCAAAAACAUCGACUGAAAUUAAGUCACCAAUAAAUAAUAUCUCUAGUCCAUCUGCUCAACAAUCAUCAUCAUCAUCAUCAAGACCUACAGUAAUCUCACAUCAUCAUAAUGUUGGUGGUGAUAAUCUUGAUGAUAAUGAUGAUAAUCAUAAUAAUAAUGGCAAUAAUAAUGAUCAAGAAGAAUUGAUACGUCAACGUCGAUUACAAAGAUUUACAAAGAAUAUUUAUACAUUAAACUUUGAUGAUAAUAAUGAUAAUGAUGAUAAUCACCGUGGCCAUCGUAAUGAUUGAUCAAUUUCCAUGCAUAUACACCACCAUUCAUUGUUGUGAUUUGAAUUAUUCGAAAUGUUUGGAUAAUUCUUUUUUUUCGAACACUCCUUUUUUUGUUUAUAAUUCUCCUAUUGGUGAUUAUCAUCAUCUUCAUCAUUCA